AAUAAUUCCGCCAGAAUCGCUACACCGAUGUUGACCAGUAGGUGGCAGCAGACGGAUGCGAUUGUAGUAGCACUGCGCACGCGCGAAUGGCAUUAUUCAAUAAACAUGGCGGCACCCUACGUGACGGCAGUCAGGACAGCACUGAAAGGUGUGCACCUUGUUCCCGGACGGUGGCUCCUCACGCGGAGGAGCCAGACCCCGGCAGUGUGUCAGUGUUUGCGGCUACAUGUCUCCCCCGCUGCCUCCCUGUGCAGCAGGACGGACACACACAGGAGCACCCAGCCUCAGAGCAGCACCCAGCCACAGAGCACAGCCGGCACCCACACUGGGCAGAGGAGAGCUCCGGAGGAAGAAGAGGAGGAGGAACCUGAAGGUCCUGAAUACAUCCCCAGGAAAAAGGCGAAGAACCCCAUGAUGAAGAUUGGCUAUGCCUGGAUGAUAGGCCUCCCCACAGGUAUCAUCGGCUUCCUCCUGGCCAAGAGGCAAGUAGACAAGAACCGACUGAAGCAGUUGAAGAUUCGACAGAGAAUGAAAAGGUCAAACGAGGGGGAGUAUGAAGGCAGUCGCUACCGCCAUCCUGCAGAAGAAGCUAAACUGGACUGAUAGUGCUUUGAGAUAUCAUAUCCUGAAUGUCACUACUGAGGCAGUGUCUCAUGCACUUCAAACCCAAUGACUGAUUACAGAAGGGGUGUCAACUUCACAAGCUUGAGUUUUAAAACAUCCAAAACCUCUUUGAGGCAUUGAGAACUCGGUUAUGAUUCUUCUAAAGGCUAAUACGGAUGGAUAUCGUAGAGGGAAUGUGCUUCAGUCUUAAAUCAAGACACAGGUUUUGUUCUUUCUCAUGAACACAGAUGAAUCUUACUGUUAAUGUCGACUGCUUCACUGAAUCUGGAGGAUGAUCACAUUUAUUAGCAAUGAUACUGAUGUUAUAAAUAUGAGAAAGGAAAUAAAUAUAAAUGUAUUUAUAAAUUUGUGAAUAUA